GGACGAAAUUUGAUUGUGACCUUCACAAUCAAACGUGUUUGUAUUUCAAGUUCGCAAGUCGAAUCGAUCACAUUGUGCCAAAUUGAUCGAUUCGACUGAACUCGACUGGCAGUGUGCACUUGGUAUUAGUUUUGUCGACCCAUGUAAUCCACUUGUUGGCAUCAGACUUAGCAGCGCGCAUAAUAUAGCAGGCUUGCGGACAUAUUCCGAAAAACAGAAUAGCAGAGCUACCACAGCCGACGGAUUUCUUCGACCUAGUUUGACACUUGUCUGGGAUUCCCGUUUGAUCUUCUUAUCUUUGAAAGCAGCGAUAAUAUAUUUUUUUUGCGACAACAGGAUUGUGGAUUGUGACCGAGUUUGAGUACGAUCCGACAUAGAUAAGCUUAUUGGCACCUAGGUUAAAAGCCAAAGGUAAAAGGUCAAUGAGAGGCUACAAAAACAGGCAGUAGUGAUAGUAUCGUCUCAGACGACUGAUCUCGCUAAGAAUGAGAGGUGUUGCGUGUCGGUCAGGAGAAGCAGUUUAAAAGCUGAAUCUUGUGCUGGAAUAUCACGGUUUAUUUUAUAUUCAUAGUUAUAAGUCUUCGUUUUCAUCGAGGUUCUAUUCUUAGAUAAGCAUGAUGUUUGAUGUUGUCGUUGUUGGUGCGGGCGUGGAAGGUUCAGCGACAGCAUAUGACCUCAUUCGUAGAAAUCGCCGAGUACUUCUUCUGGAACAGUUCCCCCUGCCUCACAACCGUGGGAGUUCUCACGGGCAGACCCGAGUGACAAGAAAAGCGUAUCCGCAGCCAUUCUAUACAGAGAUGAUGAACUUCUGCACUGAGCAGUGGACACAAUUACAGGAGAAGGCGGGAGACGUGUUGUAUAGACAAAUUGGCUACCUAGCCCUUGGUGAAAAAAACGGGCGGUUCUUACAAGACAAUAUCUUUGCCAUGACACAACACGGAGCUCCUUUCGCCAUCUUGUCCCCCGGGGAGCUGCGGGAAAAAUUCGCCAUGCUCAGAUAUCCCGAGCGUAUAGGAGGUGUGCUGGACCGGGAGGGAGGGAUCCUCAUGUCGGAUAAAUGUCUCCGAGCCUUGCAGCGUUUAUUUGUAGAGAACGGAGGAGUGAUCCGAGACGGAGAACAGUACCAGAGCCUAACCCCAGGGGAGGUGAUCCAUGUGAGGACAAACAGGGGAGAGUACCAGUGUAGAUCGAUCGUGUUCGCUUGUGGCCCCUGGGCUAACAAGGUUCUCUCGACUGUUGGGCUCAGUCUGCCACUCAAGCCUAUGAGGAUCACCGUGUGCUACUGGCCUGAGCUUAACCCAGGCUCACACAGUGCUGAUAAACUACCUCCCUUCUUUGAGGAAAACUGCUGUGACGGGCAUUCUAUCUAUGGUCUGCCUAGUGAGGAGUAUCCUGGCCACGUCAAGUUAUGUUUACAUCACGGCCCCGACAUUGACCCAGACAAACGGGACGCCUGCGACUACCUGUGGACGGUGGAUCUACUCAAAGAUUACGUCAGCAAACAUUUCCCUGGCCUUGUCCCUACACCCAGCGUUGUGGAGUCCUGUAUCUACACAAACACACCGGACAAAAAUUUCAUCAUUGACCGACAUCCUAAGUGGAAAAAUAUUGUCUUUGGUGCUGGAUUCUCGGGUCAUGGCUUCAAACUGGCCCCAGCAGUGGGCCAGGUGUUGGCGGACAUGGCGUUGGACGAACCGGUCCGGUACGACACGUCACAUUUCCGACUGAGUCGUUUCGGGACCGGGGUCGGACAGGCCAAACUCUAGAGCUCUUUGACAAGCUGGCGGAAAAAUGGCGUCGUCUACGAUUUCAUUAUUUUGACGAGCGAAUGGCUGAUGUCACCACGAUACUACCUAUCUUAAUAUGUAUUCAAAUUUUUCUCUCUCUCUCUCUCUCUCUCUCUCUCUCUCUCUCUCUCUCUCUCUCUCUGUCUUUCUCUGCCUCAAUGGUUUCCUUUAUCUACAUGUACAUUUCAUUGCAGUCAUAACACAAUUGCUCGAUCAGGCCUAAGUCAUUGGCAAGCUGUUAAACUAGUGUACGAAACCCAAAAAGUAAAAUUGUUUUUAUAGGAGAGAGAGAUAGGCACAAAAAAACCUAUU